AACAAAUAAGAAUAGAUCUACAUGUUGUAUUUAGAUCCACAUUCUUCUGAAGUCUAUCAUACUUUUCAACUAUGUUAAGAAAUACGUUUCAGGGGGACUUAAUAGAGGAUCCAUUUUUCGCGGCUCAUCAAAAUCACAUGAUAUCUAUGGGAUCAAUGUUUCAAAUGCCUGAUCCAUUCGGGGCUCCCCAGAUUAUGGAUGCUAGAAUAGCGGAAAGGGAAAGAAGAAGCCAGGAACGUAGAGUUCAGCGUCAACAGCAGCUUCAAGUUUCACCAUUUGGAAUGGGAAUGAUGCCACUAGGGUUUGGUGGUAUGUUGGCUAACAUGGACAGAAUGAUGUCUGACAUGCAUUCAAGAUUUGAACAGCCAAUGAGAAGUCCUACCGGAAAUGGUGCUAAUUUUGUUCAGUCGUCGUUUGUAUCCUACUCUAAUGUUGGAAAUGGUUCACCCAGAGUUUAUCAGUCUUCUGUCACACAAAGGGCUCAGGGAGGGGCAAUAGAAACAAAAAGAUCAGAAAGAGAUAGUUCAACUGGUGUAGAAAAAGUUGAAAUUGGUCAUAAAAUAGGUGAUCGUGAACAUACUGUUGAGAAAUCAAGAAACCGUCUGACUGGAGAGAACAAUGUCAAUCAGGAAUUUAUCAAUAUAGAUGAAGAGGAAGCUCAAAAUUUUGAUCAGGAAUUUCAAAAUCGAGUUCGGCAGACCACUAUGCCAGUGAGGGCAACUGCAGACUAUAGAAGACAUCGUGUUAAUCCUACAAAUACUCAUGGACACUCCCACAUGCAAAGUAUCACAGCAGGUCACACACAUGGUUCUUCACCAAAUAGAUCUAAUAUGGUCAACCAAAGGCCUGUUUCAAGCAGUCAAAGACCUACUUCAGCAAGUCACAGAUCAGUUUCAGCCAGUCACAGAUCAGCUACAGCCAGUCACAGGCCAGAUUCAGCAAGUCAAAGACCAGUUUCAGCAAGUCAAAGACCAGUUUCAGCCAGUCAAAGACCUGUUUCAGCCAGUCAAAGACCAGAUACAACCAGUCAUAGACCAGAUACAACCAGUCACAGAGCAGUUUCAGCCAGUCAAAAACCAGUUUUGGCCAGGGACAGAGUUACUUCUUCAAGCCACAGACCUGGUUCUCCCAGUCAAAGGGCUGCCACUGCCAGUCAAAUAUUAGCCUCAGCAACUAAAACACAUAAUGAUGUUAUAAACAAAUCAGGUUCUUCUACUGAAAAUAGACAUGUUGGAAGUAAUUUCUAUAGUUCUGCAAUUAACAGACUGAGUUCAGCUGGACACACGACUAGUGCAGCCAGUCAUCCACGUGGUACAAGUAGUCGCCAUCAUAGUACUAUAUCUCAAACAUCAAGUACCCAACAAACCAAUAAUACUGUUGGUCACACAGACAGUCCUGCCAGUCACACACAUGGUGGCACCACUCAAACACAUAGUAACACAAAUUUAACACAUAGUAGUACCAGUCAAACACAUGGUGAUUCCAACCAUAUACCAUCUGAUGCCAAUCUAACACAAGGUGAUGACAGUCAAACACAUUCUAUCACUGAAUCAUCAAGUCAACAUCCUUCACAGAGAAGAAGACCACCACUUCUUAUUUUACCACCAUCUAGAUAUAGAAGUCGUAGAGAAUAUAAUUAA